CGGCAGCGCUCCGCCCCGGGGCUGUCCGCCGCCCUCCCUCCUGCCCGCCGGGCGCCCUGCGGGGCUGGGGGGCUUCGGGGCUCCCGGAGGUUUCGGCUCGGCCGGGCGCGGAGAGAGACGGCAAGAGCUCUGUCAUCAUGUCAGUCAGCGUCCAUGAGAACCGUAAAUCCCGGACUAGCACCGGCUCCAUGAACAUCUUGCUUUUUCACAAAGCUUCCCACCCAGACUGUGUCUUGUCCCAUCUGAACACCCUGCGGAAGCACUGCAUGUUCACCGAUGUCACCCUUUGGGCAGGAAACAGGUCGUUCCCAUGUCAUCGGGCAGUGCUGGCUGCCUCCAGCAGGUACUUUGAAGCCAUGUUUAGCAAUGGCCUUCGGGAGAGCCUGGAUGAUGAGGUGAACUUCCAUGACAGCCUCCACCCGGAGGUGUUGGAGCUACUGCUGGACUUUGCUUACUCCUCCCGGAUCAUCAUCAAUGAGGAGAAUGCCGAGUCCCUCCUGGAGGCUGGAGACAUGCUGCAGUUCCACGAUGUCCGGGAUGCAGCAGCUGAGUUCCUGGAGAAGAACCUCUACCCUUCCAACUGCCUGGGCAUGAUGCUGCUCUCGGAUGCUCAUCAGUGCCGGCGGCUCUAUGAGCUCUCCUGGAGGAUGUGCCUGGUCAACUUUGAGACUGUUCACAAGAGUGAGGACUUCAACAACCUUUCCAAGGACACUCUGCUGGACCUCAUCUCCAGUGAUGAGCUGGAAAUUGAGGAUGAAGAAAAGGUCUUUAAGGCUGUCAUCCAGUGGGUGAAAUACGAUCUGGAUGAGCGGAAGGCUUAUCUCCCAGAACUUCUGAGGAACGUUCGUCUGGCCUUGCUUCCUUCUGAAUGCCUCAAGGAAGCCUUGGCUUGUGAGGACUUGAUUAUGGUGGAUGAAAGGAACAAGCUUGUCUUGGAUGAAGCUAUUCAGUGCAAGAAGAAGAUCCUCCAGAAUGAUGGGGUGGUCACCAGUCCCUGUGCCAGGCCUCGCAAAGCUGGGCACACCUUGCUGAUCCUGGGAGGACAGACCUUCAUGUGUGAUAAGAUCUACCAAGUGGAUCACAAAGCAAAAGAAAUUAUCCCCAAAGCAGACCUGCCGAGUCCACGGAAGGAGUUUAGUGCCUGUGCCAUCGGCUGCAAAGUGUAUAUCACUGGAGGCAGGGGCUCAGAGAACGGGGUCUCAAAAGACGUGUGGGUGUAUGACACUGUUCAUGAGGAAUGGUCAAAAGCUGCCCCAAUGUUAAUAGCUCGGUUUGGGCAUGGCUCGGCUGAAUUGGAAAACUGCCUGUACGUGGUUGGUGGACACACUGCAGUAGCUGGAGUCUUUCCUGCAUCUCCUUCUGUUUCCUUGAAGCAAGUGGAGAAGUACGAUCCCAUAUCCAACAAAUGGACGAUGGUGGCUCCUUUGAGAGAUGGAGUGAGCAAUGCUGCGGUGGUGAGUGCCAGGCUCAAGCUUUUUGUCUUUGGUGGGACCAGCAUUCACCGAGACAUGGUGUCCAAAGUCCAGUGCUAUGAUCCAGCUGAGAAUCGGUGGAUGAUCAAAGCCGAAUGCCCACAGCCCUGGCGCUACACAGCAGCCGCUGUCCUGGGCAGCCAGAUUUUUAUCAUGGGAGGAGACACCGAGUUCACGGCAGCAUCUGCCUACCGCUUUGACUGCGAAACGGACCAGUGGACGCGCAUUGGGGACAUGACAGCCAAGCGCAUGUCAUGCCAUGCUUUGGCCUCGGGGAAUAAACUCUAUGUGGUGGGGGGUUACUUUGGCACUCAGAGGUGCAAAACGCUGGACUGCUACGACCCUACGUCAGACACGUGGAACUGUAUCACAACGGUGCCUUACUCGCUCAUCCCCACAGCUUUUGUCAGCACCUGGAAGCACUUGCCAUCAUGAUGAGGGUCAGGGCUCGGGGGCUUGUAUCCAGGAGGUCAAUAAGGUAAGGGUCUCCUCCUCUUAAAUUGAAACUUACUGUCUUGCCUCAAUUGCAUCUGCACACACCACACCGAAGCCACGGGUUCCAGGUUGCUCACCUGGAAGGGUACCUUUAAAGGUGGGGUGCAGGACCAGAAAAGAGUAAUCACCUCUGUGAUGUUGUAAGUCUAGCAAGCUCCCAGGUUUCUCUUGUUUCCAGAUGAUCCAGUAUCUUGAGAGACAUCUACAUAGAUGGUUGCAAGCAGGCCACAGCUCCUCUCCCUCUGCUCCAAGCUAGCUGGAUGUGCCAGCAUCACCCUUCUGUGUGUAGGUGGGUAGGGCAGGGCAGAGCAGAUGUUUCCACGCCUGCUCUCACGGCUGUCACCAUGGAAUACAUCCUGUCCCCGUGCGGUUGAGGCGGUUAAGGUUUCUAAAAGCACUUGCAUAUGAGUCCUGGGAGAUAAGGGCAACAAGUGCUUUGGAAAAAGUCUCAAUAGUUCGAUAUUUUUGCUGAGUAUCUGGGUGAUUUAUUUGGAGCUGAUGAAUAUGUAGGCAAGUGACCCUUGGGAUGCCGGCAAAUCCUGGAUCUCUUUUUAUGCUCUGUAUUUACAUUUCAGUGGGUAGCAGAAGCAAAAGCUUAGAAGCCACGGUGCAUUUGAUGGUCCUGGUGUUUAUUUGACAUCCAAACUGUUGCUUGUUAAAUCAGAACUUCUGAGACUUCUGUGUGAGACCUGAGUGGGAGGGAAGGGGUUUUGUAACCAGAAGAAGAAUGUGUUUAUCGGUAUUUUGGGGUGUGUGAGAAUACGAAAGUUGGUGGAAACACAUGAUGUCCUGUCUCAUUCUGGUGCUCCGGUUCUCGCUUGCUCAGGGAAGGUGCUAUUGCAGUGCCACUGGGACAGGGCUGUUGGUUCCUCCUCUCUCCUCCCCAGUGGGAUGUUUGGUUGCCAUUCUGGUUACCAGUUUUAGCUCCACAGAGCUUUGCACGUCUUCACCAAUCUGUGCUGAGAUGCAGCUGGCCAGGCAAAGGCCAAAAACUUCUCACCUCACGUUGUGAAAGCAGAUAUUGAUAUGGGCAACACUUGGAUAGCAUCAUCUUCUCAGGAAGUCUGUAACACCUCUGCUAGCUCAGUCUGCAGGUUUCACAGUGCCAGCAACACACGCAGCCCUGCUUUGGUGGUUGGACACUACAUCCCAGGUAGCUGAAGGAGCUGGGAAGCCCUCGCGUAUGGGGGCGGGAUUGACAAGCUUC